AUGAGGAAAUCAAGAUGUUCCCGCCGUGAGCUCGCCAUGGUGCGGCAAAUGCGUGAUUGCCGCGUGUCUGCAUCGUGCGCUGUUGUUCUUAUAUCGUUUUGUCUUAUAUCAGAUCCAUGCAGCUUCUCAUCAUAUGUGGGUUGGAAGGCGCCCACAGAGGGGAGUUGGCUUGUGAAGGGUCGUGCGAUUCAAUCACGUUUGAUGGGCACUCGCAUAUGUGCUCGGGCCAAGCCACCAGAGCCGUCGGAGCAGCGAGCCCGACGAACCCAGAUCCUCCAAUGUAGCAGUGGGGCUUUAGCUUUGAUGGGCUGGGCUGGAUGGCUCGGCCAGAACGGCCAAGAAAGCAGUGUGGCUCGUGAGGUUGUGGUGCGCCUGGGCUUGGGAGCAGAGCGCAUAGAGGAUGCAACCAACUGGGAGCUGUCGUUCUUCAGAGCCACACUGGAGGCUGUCGCAAGCCAAGCGGCACGGACAGAGCGUGUGUUGUACCACUACACCGAUCUUGACAGCGCUGCGGCUAUUGUUAAAGGCCGACAAGGUCUCAAGCUGUCGCGUGGAGGUUACAGGGGUGGGGGCGUCUUCUUCUCAAAGCUGAGCCCGCUGGACGGCUUGCAAGGCUUGGAUGGUCUCAAGGAAGGCGCAGCGAGCGCCCAACUCUGGCGAGAAGUUUUUCCAGCCUUUCGGGACGCGCAACUGCCAAGGAACUACGGUUCCGAUUUCCCUGGAAGAGAGCACCAAGCCGAUGCCGUUCUUGUUUGUUUUGCUGCAGAAAGCAUGCUGGAAGACAUCCCGUACCGGCAAAGCUCUUGCUUCAUAUCCUUGGAGAAGUUUCAAACCUUUGAUGCUGAAUUCUUUGCCUACCGAAACAUUCCAAGAGUGUACCGCUUGUCCCCUUAA